AUGACUUCAUCUUCUAUAAUUUGUGAAUCAUUCAAUUCAGAUAUUCCAUAUUCUGAAUUGACUUCAAUUGAUUUAAAUACUACGAAUACAAUUACAUCAUCUAACAUCAUAGAUCCUAUUACUACUACUAUUACUACUCCUACUGCUACUCCUACUGCUACUCCUACUACUCCUAUUGUUACAAAUGAUAUAGAAAGUAAUAUAAUUCAUGAAAAUAACAAUAUACCUGUACGUUGUAAAUCAUUAGAAAUAAAAUCAACUGAAAAAUCAUUAACAAAUUCUACAUCAAAGAAACGUCAUCGAAGUACUGUUGAAAGUCAAUGGAAUCGUUCAAAUUCAAUGAAUACUUUAACAAAUUUAAAAUAUCAUCAUACAAAAAAUAAUUUAUGUUUACCAUUUAAUGGAGAACAAAAACAUCAAGAAGAAUGUAUUAUAGAUGUAAAGAAACGAAAAACUGUGGAUGAUAAUAUGCUUCAAGUUGGUUCAAUGAUACCUGAACCAUCAGCAGUUUAUAAUUAUACUACUAAUAAAACAUAUGAAUAUGAAGAAUUAAUUCAUGAUUAUCCAAAAUUUAAAUCUUUUAAUCAACAAGUCAAUAUGAAUAGAACAUAUUCACAUUGGAUGAAUUCAUAUGAACAGAAUGAAAACAAUAAAGAAGAAUUAACAAAUGAACUACCUACAAAUCGUAUACAAUUAAAACAAUCAGUUAAAAAAGGCUCCACACGUGAUAGUAUACCAAAAACAUUGACUAAUUAUGAUAAUAAUGGUAAUUGGAACACUUUCAAUGAUACAAUGAAUGUUAAUCAUCAUAAAGAUGAAAUAGAUAAUGAAUUAUCGUCUGCAUCAGAGCUUACAACUGCUGCAUAUAAUAAUUUUGUACGUCGUGUAGUUGAUGAUACAUUGGAUCGUACAGUGACAUUUUGUGAACAACCACGACAUGCUAUAACAGCUUUAGAAAAUAUCUGUACAAGAGCAUGGCCUCAAUUAGAAGUGAAACGUCAUCGUAAUCGAAUACGUGCUUAUCUUAAAGCAUGUAGACGUAAUUCCAAAAAGAAUAAAGGUCAAAUCAAUAUGAAAGAACCACCUGCAAAUGGUUUGUCAAUUGAAGCUCGACAGCUUGUAUCAAAAGCGCUAACUUUAGUAGCUGGGGAUUUAGACUACUUAAGACAAACGAUGCAAGCAGAGAAAGUUAAAAAUGAAUCAUUAUUUUCUUCAUCAAAAUUAGACAAUUCAAGUGAGAAAUCAUACUCUGCCACUUCCACCACCAGUAAACGAUCUCCUACAAGUUAUGCAUCAAAAAUGAAUUUAUCUACCAUAACAACAACAACAACAACAACAACAGCAGCAAACAAUUUAGAUUUCACAGAUAUUUCUAAACAGAGACACGAUCAAUUUGAAACUUAUGGAGGUGGUGAUAAGUUAAAAUUUAAUAGUAAUAAUAAUAAUAAUAAUAAUAAUAAUAAUAAAAAUCUUUGGAAUAUAUCAAAUAAUCUAUUAAAUGAUAUAAUAAACAAUACAUCAUUUCCAUUUACUGAUCCAUUAUUUUGGUCAAAUUCAUUUAUUCAAAAUACUAAUUUAGAUGGGAAUUAUUUAGCCACUGCGGCAGCGGCAGCAGCAGCUGCCACAGCGAUGGCUGCUGUUAAUCCAGCUAAUCUGUUGAAAUUAUUACCAGCUCCAAUACAAUUAAACAAUAACACAUAUCCAUCAAAUAAUACUAAUAUAACUACAACUGCUACUAGUACUUCCUAUUCUUUAACUACUUCACCUUUUACAUCAUCGUCAUCAUCAUCAGUAUUUUCAAAUUCACCUAGAUUAUUAAAUAAUGACAAUGUGAAUAAUAGUGAAAAUAUCAAUGUUACUACUACUACUACUAAUAGUAAUAAUAGUAGUAGUGAUUUUGAUGCGAAACAUGAUCAACUAACAACUAUACAGGGAAAAUAUUCUAAACGAAAUAAAUUGUUAUCACAUACAACAUGGUUCGAUGAUGAUCAUUUGUUCCAGGCCAGUAAUAAUAAUAGUAAUAAUGGUAACAAUGGUCACUCCUCAAUCCCUAAGUUGAAUGAGCAUAAAUUUAUAUCAUCCGAUAAAGAUUUCAAUAUAGAAUCAGAAAUAAACAGACAAUCUAAUUUAAUUAAUUUUUAUCGUUUAUAUUUGUCAAACGAUCCAAGUCAUAAUAAUAAUAAUAAUGGUGAUUUAACUUACUGUUCACCACCGCCUGCACAUAUUAGUUCAAUUCAAUACAGUCCGAUAAUUAAUCAAAUAUUGGACAGAUUAACGGACUCAUCAUUAUUAACUCAUGAUGAUGUGGAAUUUUUCAUACAAAAUUAUGAAAUUACCAAAGUUGCCAUUCAACAAGCACGUUGUAGAUCAAAUUUAAUUUUGAAGAAAAUUGAAAUUGUAGAAAAUCAAAUUAAAUCUUGUUCAACAAUCAAUUCAAAAACAAUGCCAUUAAAUCUAUCUUGA